GACAGCAGCGGACCAAUGGAUGCGGCCAGAACGGGACGGUACCCUCCCCUUUCUGGAAGCAUCCCGCCCGCGCAUGCGGCUUGUAGUGGAAAACAAAACGAAACGGUGAUGGCGGCGACCCACCCGACGAUGACGGCCGGUGUCGUGGUGAAGACCGAGGAGAUGGAGACAGAGUCCGCGCCCGAACUCUGCCGCAACGGACCGAAGCCGGCGGUGGAAGUGAAGAAGGAGCCGGGGGUUGCCGAGGAUGCGGAGGGGCCGCGGGUGCGGCCGGGGCCGGAGCCUCCCGAGACGUCGCCCCCUAGCAGUGGCGGGCGGCAUUGCGGAGGAGGAGCGGUGGCCGGGAGGGAGCAGGAGGUGUCGGUGGAGAUCGGCGAGACCUACUUGUGCCGCCGGGCCGACAACAGUUGGCAUUCGGCAGAAGUUAUCCAGUCUCGGCUGAACGAGCAGCAGAACCGUGAAGAGUUUUACGUUCACUAUGUGGGCUUCAACCGGCGGCUGGACGAGUGGGUGGAUAAGAACCGGCUGGCCCUGACAAAGACGGUGAAAGAGGCCGUGCAGAAGACCAGCGACCAGUACAUGAGCGAGCUGUCCGAGCAGCCAGAGCGCAAGAUCACCCGCAACCAGAAACGCAAGCACGACGAGAUCAACCACAUCCAGAAGACGUACGCAGAGAUGGACCCAACCACAGCAGCACUGGAGAAGGAGCACGAGGCGAUCACCAAAGUGAAAUACGUGGACAAGAUCCAGAUCGGACACUAUGAGAUCGACGCCUGGUACUUCUCCCCCUUUCCUGAUGACUACGGCAAGCAGCCCAAGCUGUGGGUUUGCGAGUUCUGCCUGAAGUACAUGAAGUUUGAAAAGACCUACCGCUACCACCUGGCCCAGUGCCAGUGGCGUCAGCCCCCUGGAAAGGAAAUCUACCGCAAGACCAACAUCUCUGUGUACGAGGUUGACGGUCGAGACCACAAGAUCUACUGUCAGAACCUUUGCCUGCUGGCCAAGCUCUUCCUCGACCACAAGACCCUCUACUUCGACGUGGAGCCAUUCGUCUUCUACAUCCUGACGGAGGUCGACCGGCAGGGAGCCCACAUAGUCGGCUACUUCUCCAAGGAGAAGGAAUCUCCAGACGGCAAUAAUGUCGCCUGCAUCCUGACCUUGCCGCCAUACCAAAGGAGGGGCUAUGGCAAGUUCCUCAUCGCCUUCAGUUACGAGCUGUCGAAGCUGGAGAGCACGGUGGGUUCACCAGAGAAGCCGCUCUCUGACCUGGGGAAGCUGAGCUACCGCAGCUAUUGGUCGUGGGUCCUGCUGGAGAUUCUCCGUGACUUCCGAGGCACCCUCUCCAUCAGAGACCUCAGCCAAAUGACCAGCAUCACGCAGAAUGAUAUCAUCAGCACACUACAGUCGCUCAACAUGGUGAAGUACUGGAAGGGUCAGCACGUCAUCUGUGUCACCCCAAAACUGGUGGAGGAGCACCUCAAGAGUGCCCAGUACAAGAAACCUCCCAUCACAGUUGACUCCAUUUGCCUCAGAUGGGCCCCUCCCAAGCACAAACAGCUGAAGUUGUCCAAGAAGUGAAGAGGGGAUGGAUGGCAAGGAUAGUGUUGGGCAGUGGCGCUCGCUGGAAAUGGAGGGGGAUCCUCGAUGCUCCCUGGUUCGUCUGUUGGGAGCAUCUGCUCGACCUUUGAUCUCUGUGCAUCAUGUGAGCGAGUCUCUGCAACUGUGUCUCAGUGUGUGUAAAUAAUCUCUCCUGUUCUCACUGUAAUACUUGCACUUCUCAAUAAUAAACUUUUAUUUUGUAUGGGUGGUUUCUGUCUCCACAUUAACAUCUCCACAGGGACUAAUCGGGGUUCAUUGCAGUGUUCUGAUCCCUCUUUGCACCACCAUGGAGACUGCUGGGACCCGGCAACCCUGGACAUCCCACAGCCUGCUGUUGAGGGGCAAGGUAGUACAGUAGUUCAACACAGGAACACAAGUCACAUCCCUCCUCGCUGCUAACCAUUUUUACAGGUGCUGCCAUGUGAAGGCUGGACAGUACAGGAUGCCUUUACCAAAACAUCAGCACCUCUUAUUUUCACUCAGUGCUGCGGGUCUAAGGCCAGACCCUGUAGUUCCCAUGUCCUCCGCUGCAGCUGCUUCCAGUCAUACAGCCUCCUUCCUCUGUAAUCUCCAUGAAGGGUCCCCUCCCAUGGCUGCUGCCCAACUUGGUGAGUUUCUCCAAUGUUUUCUUAAAUUCUCUAACGGGCCAGUGUUCCUGCAGGCUUCAAGGCAAUCACAGACAUUCCAGUGCACGAGAGACAGUGCUGCUCCCUAGGCCUGUGCUGAGCUCACUGUACUGCAUCUAGCUCAAGAUGCACCAUUUGCUGAUACAGAAGUGGCUGGCCUCAUUAAUGAGUUGGGAUACAGAGAAAAGGUAAAAGGAUUGUCAACUGUAGAAGAACAGCCUGAGACUUGCUCUCCAUUGUACAUCCAUAGCUCUGCUCUGAAGAGCACAAACCCUCAUUAAUCAAGAAAGCUAAAAGCACCUACACUUUCUGAGGAGAUGGAGGCAUGCAAGGUACCAGUGGGAGUGAUCAAUGUGCAGAUUGGAAGCAGCAAGGGAUCAGGUGAAAACCACCAAGAGGAUCAGUGGGUUCUCCCCCACCCCACCCCACCCC